UUCAGCAAUAUUUACCUUUUGAUUAUGACCCCAAGCCAAAAGGAUUACACUUCCGGGUCAAUGCUCUUCCAAUGGCUGUUAAAUUCUAAAACUUCCUCAUUGUCUAUCAAUAAAUUACGCAUUUUUUAAAUUAGACAAGGAAAAUCAAUAAAUUACUCUUGCUAAAAUUUGUUUUUAAAUUAUUCAAACUUUUUUGAAACAUAAAUUUAUACUUGUAUGAAGCAUUAUUCGUAAUUUCACAAAAUAGACAUUUUAAUAGAGGGGAGGAAAGCUAAUAACGGGAUUAUCUUCAAUUAGCCGCCAUCUUGGACGAGGAAGUAAGUAAAUCAAGAUGGAGGGAGAAGUAGCGCCACCCCGCGAGAUCAAGAUCCUUGAGACAAAGGAAGAUAUACAAGAGAGACGUUCCCAGGUCCUCACCCGCUAUGAGCAAUUCAAAGAUGCCACCAAACGUCGUAGGUUGAUGCUGGAAGAUGCCCGCCGCUACCAGUAUUUCAAGCGUGACGCUGAUGAGCUGGAAAGCUGGAUCAACGAGAAGUUGCAAGCCGCCUCUGAUGAGAGCUGGAGGGACCCAACCAACCUUCAGGCAAAGAUCCAGAAGCAUCAGGCUUUCGAGGCAGAAGUUGCCGCCCACAGCAAUGCCUUGGAACAAUUGGACGAGACUGGAAUUGGGAUGAUGAAUGAAGAACAUUACGCAUCUGAGACGAUCAAGAUACGUUUAGAAGAGCUCCACCGCCUAUGGGACCUUCUUCUACGUAAACUAGCCGAGAAGGGACAAAAACUCCAACAGUCUCUCCAAUUGGUCCAAUUCUUGAGGGAAUGCGAUGAGGUUAUGUUCUGGAUUGUUGAUAAAGAGGCUUUCGUGUCGUCAAGUGAGAUUGGUCAAGAUUUGGAGCACGUUGAGGCUCUACAGAAGAAAUUCGAUGAAUUCAACAAGGAUCUAGCAAACCACGAAGAUCGGGUAAACGAGGUGAACCUACUCGGAGCUAAACUUUUAGAAGAAGGACACCCAGAUGAAGAAACUAUUUCACGCCGCCAGCAAGAGUUGAACGAAGCAUGGGAGAGACUCCGCCAAUUAUCUCUCCAACGCCAAGAGAGACUCUAUGGUGCCCAUGAGAUCCAACAUUUCAAUAGGGAUGCUGAUGAGACAAUCGCAUGGAUUACUGAAAAGGAAGCCAUUAUUUCAUCUGACGACUAUGGACGUGACCUCGCCAGCGUCCAGGCUCUUCAGCGUAAACACGAUGGUGUAGAGCGUGACCUUAAUGCCCUGGAAGAGAAAGUGAAGACCCUGAGUGGAGAAGCAGACCGCCUCUGUGACAGCCACCCUGACCAGCAAGAUCAGAUCCGCCAGAAACAAACUGAGAUUGCGCAAGAUUGGGACCGCCUGAGUGGGAAAGCCGCCGAACGUAAAUCCCGCCUAGACGAUUCAUACUACCUUCAUCGUUUCCUUGCUGAGUACAGAGAUUUGAUCUCUUGGAUCUAUGACAUCAAAGCCAUCAUUUCUGCCGAUGAUUUGGCUAAAGAUGUUGCUGGAGCAGAGGCUCUGUUGGAGAGACACCAAGAACAUAAGGGAGAGAUUGAUGCUAGAGAGGACAGUUUCCGUGCCACCGCCGAGGCCGGACAGAAGCUUCUAGAAAGUGAGCACUAUGCCGUUGAGGAAGUGAAGGAAAAGCUUGUGACACUGGCCAACGAGAAGACUGGCUUGUUGGAUCUGUGGGAGGAGAGACGCAUCCUGUAUGAACAGUGCAUGGACCUGCAGCUCUUCUACAGAGACACAGAACAAGCUGACACCUGGAUGACGAAACAGGAAGCUUUCUUGACCAAUGAGGACCUGGGAGAUUCUCUUGAUAGCGUUGAGGCGCUCAUCAAAAAACAUGAAGAUUUCGAAAAAUCCUUGGCUGCCCAAGAGGAGAAGAUCAAGGCGCUUGAUGAGUUUGCUACUAAGCUAAUUGAGAAUGAACAUUACGCUGCAGAUGAUGUGGCUCAGCGUAGGGAUGCUCUUCUGGCUCGUCGCAAUGCUCUUUAUGAGAAGUCAACUCUACGACGCCACAUGCUGGAAGAAUCUUACCGCUACCAGAUAUUCGAACGUGACUACGAUGAAACCAAGGGCUGGAUCAAUGAGAAACUCAAGACUGCUAGUGAUGAAAGUUACAUGGACCCUACCAACCUUCAAGGCAAAGUGCAGAAACACCAGAACUUUGAGGCUGAACUCCAAGCCAACCAGAGCCGCAUUGAAGGUGUCACCAAAACUGGUGGAGAGUUAAUUGAAUCUGACCAUUUUGCUAAAGAGCAGAUCAGAGACCACUUGGAUGAGCUUCAGAGUCUCUGGGCUCAACUUGUAGAGCAAAGUGAACGUAAAGGCUCCAAACUGAAGGAUGCAAGUGAUCUUCAGCAGUACAACCGCAAUGUUGAAGAUCUUGAGGUUUGGCUGGCAGAAUCUGAGGGUGUUAUCACCUCAGAGGAUCUUGGCAAGGACUUGACCAGUGUUCAGAACCUUCAGAAGAAGCAUACAUUGAUGGAGGCUGAUGUAGCAUCCCAUCAAGAGAGAAUUGACGCUGUUGUCAAUCUUGCAGAGUCAUAUGCUCAGGCUGGCCAUUUUGAAGCUGAUAACAUCAAAGCUAAACAGGCUCAAAUUGUUGACCGGUAUUCUGCACUGAAGGAUCCAAUUGAAAACAAGCGUGCCAAACUUGCUGAUGCUCUUCGACUUCAACAAUUCUUCCGUGAUGUAGAAGAUGAAGAAGACUGGAUCAGAGAAAAGGAACCAAUUGCAGCAUCAACAAACCGUGGCCGAGAUUUAAUUGGAGUCCAGAAUCUGAUGAAAAAACACCAGGCGCUGCAAACAGAGAUUGCGGGACACGAGCACCGUAUUGAUGCUGUGUGCUCCCAGGGGCAGGAGAUGAUCAAUGAUGGACAUUUCGCCCAGGAGGAUAUCCAAGAGCGCACCACCAGUCUAUUGGAGAAGUGGGAGAACCUAAAGGAAAAAGCAGCCAAGCGUAAAGAAGAUCUUGAAGAUUCUCUCCAAGCCCAGGCCUAUUUUGCAGAUGCCAACGAAGCUGAGACCUGGAUGAGAGAAAAGGAGCCAAUCGUUGGGAACAACGACUGCGGUAAAGAUGAGGAUUCUGCUGAGGCAUUGUUGAAAAAACAUGAGGCCCUCAUGGCUGACAUUGAGGCUUACAGCACUAGUAUUGAAAGCAUCAGGGAACAAGCCUUGGCCUGCAAGCAACAAGAGGCCCCCAUAGUAGAUGACAUUGGUAAAGAAUGUGUAGUUGCACUGUAUGACUAUGCCGAGAAGAGUCCAAGAGAGGUGUCCAUGAAGAAAGGAGACGUCCUGACCCUCCUCAAUAGCUCAAACAAGGACUGGUGGAAGGUUGAGGUGAAUGAUCGCCAGGGAUUCGUACCUGCUGCUUACGUCAAGAAGAUUGACUCUGGAUUGACAGCCAGCCAGCAAAACCUUGUUGAUGAAUACACCAUCUCUGUGCGCCAAAAGCAGAUUGAAGACCAGUACAAGAACCUUCUGGACCUUGGCAAACAACGUCGGGAGAAACUUGAAGAGUCCUGCAAGGCCUACCAGCUUGUACGUGAAGCAGGAGAGCUCACCCAAUGGAUCACAGAGAAGGAAACCUAUGCUGUACACAGUGAGGUGGCUGAGGAUUUGGAACAAGUUGAAGCCCAGCAGAAGAAGUUUGAUGAUUUCCAAAAUGACUUGAAAGCUAAUGAGGCCCGAUUAGUCGAGUUGAACACUAUUGCUGAGAGGCUUACUGCUAUGGGCCAAACUGAGGCUGCAGAGAAGAUCCGGGUCCAGAUUGAGGAUUUGAAUCAGCGAUGGGCAGCACUACAGCAAGUGACAGCAGAGCGUGCAGAGACUCUAGCUAGUUCCCAUGAGACCCAGCGAUACCAUAGAGAUGUUGAUGAAACUCUGGAUUGGAUUGAGGAGAAGAGCCGAGCUUUGGAUACAACUGAUUAUGGCAAAGACCUUGCCACUGUUCAAAGACUCCAGCGUAAACAUGAAGGUCUUGAACGAGACUUGGCUGCCCUUGGUGAUAAGGUACGUCAAUUGGACCAAGAUGCCCAUAGAUUCAUGGAGUCCCACCCUGACCAGGCUGAAGAGAUUUACAAACAUCAGACUGAAGUGAAUGAGAAGUGGAACACCCUGACAACCAAGGCAGAAGCCAGGAAAACCAAACUCCUUGACUCUUAUGACCUACAGAGAUUCUCUUCUGAUUAUAGAGACCUUAUGUCUUGGAUCAACAGCAUGAUGGCGCUAGUGUCUUCAGAAGAACUUGCUAAAGAUGUCACUGGUGCAGAGGCUCUGCUUGACCGGCAUCAGGAACACCGCAUGGAGAUUGAUGCACGUGCGGGGACAUUCCAGGCAUUUGAGAUGUUUGGACAUCAGCUGCUACAGAAUGACCAUUAUGCUGCUGAUGAGGUCAAAGAAAAGCUUACUGAACUGGCUGAGUCCAGGGAGGCACUUGAAAAGGCCUGGGUGGACCGUCGUCAGAAACUUGACCAGAACUUGGAGAUGCAGCUGUUCAACCGUGACUGUGAAGCAGCAGACUCCUGGAUGUCAAUUCGUGAAGCCUCUCUGCAGGCAGGCCAAGGUGAAGAUGGGGACAAUGUUGAUGGUUUGAUUAAGAAACACGAAGAUUUUGACCGUGCCAUUAAGACCCAAGAAGAGAAGAUCUACGCUCUCCAGAACUUUGCCACCCAGCUUACUGAGGGAGAUCAUUAUGAUAAGGAUUCUAUUCAUGGACGCCGUGAUGAAGUCUUGAACAGAUGGGACAACCUAAAGACAGCUAUGAUCGACAACCGAUCCAAACUCGGCGAGGCUCAGACGAUCCAACAGUUUGUUCGAGACGCAGAUGAGAUGGAUUCAUGGAUCACUGAGAAGCUCCAGAGUGCAAUGGAAGAGAGUUACAAGGACCCAACUAAUAUCCAGAGCAAGCAUCAGAAACAUCAAGCCUUUGAGGCUGAACUUGCAGCCAAUGCUGAUAGACUCCAGACUGUCAUCCAAACUGGACAACGUUUGUUAGAUGAAGGAAAGUGUGCUGGAUCUGAGGAGGCAGUUAAACAAAGACUCGCUGCCCUUACUGAGCAGUGGGAGUACUUGGUCACUAAGUCAUCAGAGAAGAGUGAAAAACUCAAAGAAGCUAACAGACAAAGAACUUACAAUGCUGGUAUUAAGGACAUUGACUUCUGGCUUGGUGAAGUUGAGCACAUGUUGGAGACAGAUGACUAUGGUAAAGAUCUGGCAUCUGUGCAGAAUCUUGUCAAGAAACACCAACUUUUGGAGGCAGAUAUCAAAGCUCAUGAGCCACGUAUUGAUGACCUUAACAAGAUUGCAGACACAUUCAUUGAGGCUGGUGUGUGGGAUGCUGACAAAAUCAAAGACACCAAGGACCAGAUAAACGAUAGAUACCAGAAGGUAUGUGAUGCAGCCGAGCAACGCCGAUUAAGACUUGAUGAGGCGAACACUCUCCAUCAAUUCUUCCGUGACAUUGACGAUGAAGAAUCCUGGAUUAAAGAGAAGAAACUAUUGGUUGGUUCAGAUGAUUACGGUCGCGAUUUGACUGGCGUUCAAAAUCUCCGCAAGAAGCACAAACGUCUUGAGGCUGAAUUGACCAGUCACGAACCUGCCAUACAGGCUGUACAAAACGUAGGUGAGAAGCUGAUAGCAGACUCCACUAUUGGCACCCAGGAGAUUGAGAAUCGUCUCAAACAACUCUCUGAUAACUGGAAUGAUCUGAAAGCCUUGGCAGACAACAGGUCUAAGAAACUGGAGGAGUCAUAUGCCUUCCAGCAGUACAGUGCCAGCAUUGAAGAAGAAGAGUCUUGGAUAACUGAGAAACAACAUCUUCUGUCAGGAGAUGACUAUGGUGACACCCUUGCUGCUGUUCAAGGUCUCAUCAAGAAACACGAUGCUUUCGAUACUGACUACCAAGUGCACAAGGACAGAUCCAGUGAGAUAUACAAGGAUGGAGACAAACUCAUUGAGGAGGGCAACCACAAUGCUGACAACAUUGCAACUCGCUGCAAGGGACUCCAGGAGAAGAUGAAUGUAUUGGAAACUGCAGCUACCACCAGAAAAGCAAGGCUCAUUGACAACUCUGCAUUCUUGCAGUUCAUCUGGAAGACUGAUGUCGUAGAGAGCUGGAUUGCCGACAAGGAGACGCAGGUUCGCUCUGACGACUAUGGACGUGACCUCUCCUCAGUCCAGACACUCCUCACCAAACAGGAAACUUUCGACGCAGGACUCCAGGCCUUUGAGAAGGAGGGAAUUCAGACAAUUACCUCAUUGAAGGAUCAACUCCUAGAGGCCAACCAUGCCCAGACACCAGCCAUUCAGAAGAGAUACAAUGAUGUCAUCGAACGUUGGCAGAAACUACUGAGUGACUCAGAGGCACGUAAACAGCGCCUGUUGCGUCUGCAAGAACAGUACAGACAGGUUGAGGACCUCUAUCUCACCUUUGCUAAGAAGGCUUCAGCUUUCAACAGUUGGUUUGAGAAUGCCGAAGAGGACUUGACAGAUCCUGUUCGCUGUAACUCUGUUGAAGAAAUCAGAGCACUUCGUGAGGCUCAUGAUCAAUUCAAAACAUCACUGAGUGCAGCUAAGACAGAUUUCGAGCAGCUGGCUGAUCUUGAUCGCAAGAUUAAGAGUUUCCAUGUGGGCCCCAAUCCAUACACCUGGUUCACCAUGGAGGCUCUGGAGGACACCUGGCAUAAUCUCCAGAAGAUCAUUAAGGAGCGUGACAAUGAGCUUGAACGUGAGCAGCAGCGGCAAGAAGAGAAUGAUAUCUUGCGUAAACAAUACGCUGAGGCAGCCAAUCAGUUCCAUCGCUGGCUAACAGAGACGAGAUACUGGCUAUUGGAUGGGUCUGCCAUGAUGGAAGGUGCAGGAUCAUUAGAGACGCAACUGGAGGCGACAAAGGGAAAAUCUGCAGAGGUGCGUGCCCAGAGGGGGCAAUUAAAGCAUAUUGAGGACUUGAGUGCACAAAUGGAAGAGAGGCUCAUUUUGGAUAACAGAUACACAGAGCAUAGUACAGUUGGUCUAGCUCAAGCUUGGGACCAGCUUGACCAGUUGGGUAUGAGAAUGCAGCAUAACCUUGAGCAACAGAUCCAGGCCCGCAACACAAGUGGUGUAUCAGAAGAUGCCCUAAGAGAAUUCAGCAUGAUGUUCAAGCAUUACGACAAGGAUAAGAGCGGCAAGCUGAAUCAUCAUGAGUUCAAGUCAUGUCUGCGAGCAUUGGGCUACGAUUUGCCAAUGGUAGAGGAUGGACAGCGAGAUCCCGAGUUUGAGGCCAUCUUGGAUUCAGUUGAUCCAAACAGAGAUGGCUAUGUUUCACUGCAAGAGUUCAUGGCAUUUAUGAUAAGUCGGGAGACAGAAAAUGUGCAGUCAGCCAGUGAGGUUGAGCAAGCUUUCCGUGCCCUUACAGCAGGGGAGAAACCAUAUAUUACUGCCAAUGAGUUGUAUGCCAACCUUACCAAAGAACAGGCGGAUUAUUGUAUACGGCGCAUGCAACCAUACACAGAUGCGUCUGGAUUCGAGAUCCCGGGAGCGUACGAUUACGUUAACCUCACCCGCUCUUUGUUCAUCAACUAACAUGGACUCUUAUAGGAUUAUAUAUGAAAUUAAAAAAGUGGAAACAACGGAUAUGAAAUAUCGAAACGGAUACCCACUGGACUUGAGUGAUAAUUGAUGUUAAUUAGCGAAAUCAUGUUGAGGAUUGUUUUUUUAUUAAAUAUUAUUACCUAGACUGUAUUCGUAGUAUAAUAGAGGAUUUCUAUUGCUUAUUUAGAUUUACUUAUAGUAUGUGCAUUUAAGGAGGAGGUAUUGUCUGUUUUGAUUUUUUGGUUGGCGGACCAUAAGAUACAAAAUAAACAUGAGUGUCAUCUGAAGUUUUAAAACAUAUACACAUUUUUUCGAAAUGGAAUCUUAGUGAAUAUUCUUACUGUUUGUGUUUAUGUGAGGUUUUGGCGGGCCUGAUGUUUUCCCGAUGGACAGAUCAUUCAUCAAUUUUUCAUGAAAUAUUUUUUCGGGGAUUUUUUAGCAAAGAUACUUGGAAUGUUCAAGACACUUUGACUUGAUAUACUCAUAUGACACAACAAAAAUGUGGUUGUCAUAAUAUUGUACCAAAUCAGUUAAAACAUUGUUAAAGGUUUUUCUCAGUUUUAUAACUGACUUGUUACUUCAAGAAAAAAUCAUGUACUGUACUUUGAAAAGUUAUAUUUUGGAUUUCAAAAUUACCUUUUUACGAAUUUGCAUGAUUCUGGAAUGGGAUACCUGUAAAGCAUUUGAAAUUGUGGUCGCUUUUUAUUAUAUCAGUUAUAUGUUAUGAGAAAUAGAUUUUAAACUUGUUACAAUUUUUACAUUUUAUUCAAAACUAUAGGCGGUAGUGAUGAAUUAAAAUGUAAAAAAUUGAAAUAUGUUCAAAUGGACUUCAGUUCAGUUUAUGAAGCACUAAAUUCAAAUUCUGUUAAAAUCAGGUCAUCUAUUGGCGGGUAGAGGACCUGUAAAUAGCAAUGAGUUGUUUUCAUUGUUUUAAAAACUGAAAUAUUGCUUAUAGUAGAAUUCAUUGGAAUUUUGUUAAGAAUGACUUGUAUUUAUCAGAAUAUUUACUCGUGGGGAUGAGUAUUUGAUAUUAGGCGGAUAUUAAAGAAAUUAAAACCCCUGGGAGAUACUCUGAUGCUUUUUUAUGCAACAUGUGUCGUUUAUGCAACAAGUUUUUUUUAAUGUACUAUAGUUACAUCAUCAAUGUAAUGCAGCUUUAAUAUGAAUAUUAAGAAUCUGUUAUUUGAUUUUUACCCGAAGCAUGGGAGAAUUAUUUCAUGUGUAAAGCAUUGGCGGAUGCUGAAACAAGAGCAAUAAUUCUUACAUACUUUGGUAUUAGGUAG